UUGGAUUUGCAGAGGCGAUGGGCGCAUGAGGCAGAUAGCAGCCAAGACGUUCGGAUGCCUGACGAUCGCAACUGGCCAUAAAAAUGCAACGCGCGGGCUAUCCGGUUGCUGGACACGCCAUCGUAUAGGGCUAGACGCACGCCACUUUGCAUGCCUCCAGCACCCAGCCUCGACAGCACGCCGCAAACGCGACACCCAAGCACGACCUGUGUGACCUGCGCGUCUGUGCACAACGUUACUGCGGUAAUGGCCAUCAUCGGCGCGUGUGGUCGUGUAGGCUGUCGACUGCGACGGUGCAAUUUAUGCGAGAUUACAACGUGCUGUCUCCAUGUACUAAUUCGCUCCACUUUCAGUCGAUUGCUAUACCGUCCUCGUCUAUGCGUCGCCCACGACAUGUUCAACGCCCGGCCUCAGUCAAGGCAGGAUGAGAACCCUUCACUUUAUACCCCUUGGCCUUGGUCAUUCUGCGGCACCGUGCUGAUACUGAUACAACUCGCUUCAACUGCAUUGUACAAUGCACGACGCGGCGCCCUGCGUUACGAAGCGAUUGCACUGCUACGUGUCCUUCUCGGUCUUCGUCUUGACGGCCACGUAGCAGCACCGCCUUCUGCGCUGCGUGGCAUGGUCGGUCGCCGCUCCUCCUCUUCGUGGCAAGUUGCGUGCGUUUAGCUGGCGGUGGCGACACCCCUCGUCCUCUUUUCUGAUUGGCGGACGACAUAUCUUGGUAUCCGGAUCAUGACGCAGAGGCAUGUCGCCCGCGAAUGACUUUGCAUAUUUCACCGGCGCAGUAACAACUCGAUGGCGCCCGGAGUGCUGGACGUCAGCAGCGCGAUGGCGUGGAUCGAGCGCGAGACGAGCGAGGCGCCGACGCCAGAGGCCGUCGACAACCUCUGCUUGUACCUCCGCGACGGCCGCGUGCUCUGCCUUCUCGCCAACGCCCUCGCCAACACGUCUGUCAUCAAGGUCCGGCCGCUCGAGAAGCACCGCACGUUCCACGCGCUCGAGAGCAUCUCGCUCUUUCUGCGCUGGGCACGCGACGACGCGCGCGUCAACGAGCUCUUUACGUCGGCGCAGCUCCUCGACGAGAAGGACCAAGCCGCGGUCCUCAAGACGCUCAGCGUCCUGUACCACAAGUACCGCAACGGCGCCGAGAUCCCAAUCCCGUCGCCGCGCGCGCGCCGUGAACCCGAGAAGGCGGCGAGCCGCGUCUCCAAGCUCACCUCCAUGUUUGGCAAGAAAACGUCAUCGUCCUCCAAUGACGACGAAGAUCGCAAGUCGUCGCUGAGCGGUGGCGCCAAGCGCGGGAGCCGUCUCUCGUCUUUUCUGAGUGCGAUUUCGCACAAGGCGCCCGCGACACCUGCCAAGGACGUGCGGACGUCUGUGGUCUCGGACCCGUCGCCGGCGCAGACGCCACUUGACGACAACCGCCCGAGCACGACACCCGAGAGCAGCGCCAGCGCAACGCCUACCGUGGCCUCGCCGCCGGUCGCCGAGACCGUCGCACCGGUGGUCGCCGAGACUGUUGCGCCAGUAGUGGAAGUAGCGCCGCAGCCGGCGCCCAAGCCCGUGAACCGCCUCUCGUCCUUUCUGAGCCAGACGCCGCCGCCGGCGCCGCAUGAGAUCACGCCGCUGCGUGCGCCGCAGGAGCCCACCGAUACAAUUGAAGAGGCGAUCGCUAUGUCGGGUUUCACUGAGAAGGUUCAGCUUCGCUCGACGACGUCCCCCAAGCCCGAGCCGGAGGCCCUCGAACCGGUGUCGCCAUUCCACCGCAAGCUGCGCACGACGGGCAAGCUCGCCGCGUACCUCACGGCGACGCACGGCCCAACGCCGACGACCGAGACGACCGAGGUGGUGACCGAGACGCCUGCGCCGGUCGAAGAGCCGACGGCGGCCGUCGUCGACGCGCCGACUGACAUCCCCGUCGAGGUAGAAGUGGCGCCCGAGGUGCCCGUGGUGGCAGCUCCUGCCCCGGCUUCGACCAACAAGUUGGCGGCCUUCCUCUCGAGCGGCCCGCCGCCGGUGAGCAAGUUGGCGAGCUUUACGCAGUCUGUGUCGGCCACCAAGGACGACGUCCCCGAAGUUGCUCGCUCGAUUCCGUCGCCCGUUGUCGACGCCCCGACGACGGUCGUCGAGGCUGCCGUAGCCGCUGUCGAGGUUACCGUCGAGCCCGUGGUUGAGGUCGUUGCGGCACCCGUUGUGGAAGAGGUCGCUGCGCCCAUCGAGGCUGACGUGCCUGUCCCCGCUGUGGAAGAAGUUGCGACGUCCUCGGCUCCGGUCGUUGCUGAUGCCGUUGCCGAGUCUGUGGUCGACGUCGUGGCUACACCCGUCGUCGCCGCCCUCAAGUCGGUCGACGAAGCUAUCGCCGCCGCUGUCGCGCCCAAGAUCACCGAGACGGUCGUCGAAACACCGGCGGUCUCGGAACCCGUCGAAAUUGCUGCCAUCGUCGUCGAAGCACCGCCUGUCGAGGAACCUGCUGUUGUCGUUGCCGACGUCGUGUCGGCGGUGGAGGAAGUCAAGGCGGCGACCAUCAUCAUCGCCGAGCCCGCCCCCGUUGUUGCCCGUGAAUUGCCGAUGACGCCCGUCGUGUCCGAACCCGUGACCCCGGCCUCGUCGUCGGGGGCAUCGCGCCUGUCGGCGUUCCUCUCGAAGGCUCCGACGCCCAACAAGCUCACGGCCUUCUUGCACAAGGAGCCCGUGCCUGCCCCGGUGCCGACGGUGGUCGAACCUGCUGUGUCCAGUACCCCGGUUGUCGAAGUCGUCGUCGCACCUGUCGUUGAGGAAGCUCCCGCUGUCGCUGAGGUGCCUGCAAUCGCUGCAUCUGUCGAGGCCGUGGCCACGGUUGUCGAAGAGCCCCUCAAGGUUGAGGAUGUUCUUGUCGAAGCCGUCGAAGCCGUGCCUGCCCACGUUGACGCGCCCGAAGUCGUCGCCCCGGUCGUGGACGUCGUCGCCUCGGUCGUCGAUGUCGUUGCUCCGGUGCCGGAAUCUGCACCGGUGGUCCACAUCGCCGAAACACCCGUUGUCCCGGUUGUCACCAAGAUGACGGCACCAGUGGCUGAGGUCCCCGAGGCCCCCGAGACUGUCGCCAAGGCCCCGGUCGUUGUUGAGGAAGUUCCGGUCGUUGUCGAUGAGGCCAUCGUUGAGACCCCGGUGGUGGUGGAAGCGGCCCCGGUAGCUGUCGAGUCGGCCCCGGUUGAGACCCCUGUGGUCGUUGAAGAGGCUCCGGUCGUCGUUGACGAAGCAUCGGUAGUCGUCGAAUCGACGCCGGUCGUACCUGAACCCAAGCCCCGAUCCAACAAGCUUGCGGCGUUCCUCACAAAGGCCCCGACGCCGAGCAAGAUCAGCGCUUUUUUGCACAAGUCGGAACCCGCUCCCGCCGUGUUGCCCCGCUCGGCGCCCAUUGUCGCUGCCCCCAAGCCAGGUGUCGAGGAGGUCACGCCCGAGCCCGUCGCCGUUGUCGAUGCGCCCGUGGUCGUUGCGACACCCGAGCCUCUCGCCGCCGUUGAAGUGCCCGUGACGGUUGUCGACACGGAACCCGAGCCGGUCGUUGCGGUUGCAUCUGUCGAGGAGGCUCCGGUGGCAGUCGAAGAGGCGGUCGUUGUUGUCGAAGAGGCAGUCGCCGUUGUUGAAGCACCGGUGCUUGUCGAUGCUCCGGUCGUCGUUGCUGCCGUGGAAGACAUCGUCGAGGCGGUCGUCGUGCCGCCGGUUGCUGCCCAGCGCGCUAUCUCGGCCGAAGCCACGCACCCCGAGGCCAACGCCCCCGAAGUCGUCGAGGCAACGACGUUGCCCGAGUCGCCCGAAGUUGAAACGAGUGUGGAGCAGCCCGAAGUAGCGUCCGAGCCCGAAGCCGAGCCGGUCGUCGACGAGCCGCACGCACCUGAAUCGUGCGUCGAACUCGACUUGGCGGCGCAGGUCGCGGCGUUGACGGCUCAGCUGUCGGCGCUCCAGGCCGCCCACGACAACGUCGCCAAAGACCUCGCGCUCGCGGUCGACAACGAAGCGGCGGCCCGGUACUCGGCCCAAGUCGCAUUUGCUGCUCGUGACGCGGCACUGGACGGCCCCGCGUUUGAGCGCCUCGAGGCGCCGGUGCCCGCCAUUUUGGACAACCGGAGCGCGCUGACGCUAACAUCGCUCACCGAGUACUCGUUCCAGUACGACGCAGUGCACGCCAAGCUCGUGCUCUUGCACAACACACACCAAGUGCUGCCGACGUGGUCGCUUACGCGCGUCAACGGCGUCGAGGUGCCCCACGCGUCGCUCGACGCGUGCCGGGGCCUCGUGAGCAGCCUCGCCGCGCCGUACGUGUGUGAGUUUCUCGCCUAGUUGAAGAUGUAGCUCGUAGGAUGUAUAAAAGACGUAGACAUAGCAUGCACAUAUUGUCAUCAUAGUACUCUUGAUAUUUAGAUGGA